AAGUAGUUGCAAAACAGCGUCCAUCCACUUCACAGGCAAGAGGACAGACGUCUGUUACUCCACAGUCUAUAGGAGGCAUCCCUUCAUCUAUAUGAUGCUAGCUGAGGUGUUUCAGGUGCUGCGGGGAGCAGGGAAGGUUGGCCAAGCAUUUGCCAACACACAAGGGGAGAUGCUGAGGCUAAUGGCCUGUAACUCCACGCUGGGCACUGGGGUCAAAGCUGCCCAGGAGGUGGUCGAGGGCGUGAUGGGCACAGUCAUGGGUGGUGCUGCCAUGCAACAGUCCAUCAAGGAGGAUGUGUUCCCUGAUGCUGAGGGWUGGGAGGAAAUGGAUCCGGACGAGGCUGCUAAAUGGGCGGUGGGCUCCGAAUUCCCACCAGGCCUAGAGGCCACAGAGAUGCCCAGCGGAGCGCCUCUCAGCCCAGCUGGGGGUCCAAGGGGAGCAGGUUGGCCUGGCCAAAGUGCCCGGUUCCUGCACAUUGCCUUGACGCAAUGGCACAGCAGGUUUUUGCAUGACUCAGUAGUGGCCAGACUCACCCCAGAGGACAUCAAGAAGGCCAGGGAGUCCAAGCAGGCAUUUGCCAGGCCUAUUGUUAAGCAGAAGCUUAGUGAUCGUGCAAGAGAGAGGAAGGUCCCUGCCACGAGAAUCAGYAGGCUGGUUAACUUCGGGGGUCUGGCAGUCGGGCUGGGACUAGGUGCCAUUGCAGAGGUGGUGAAGCAAUCUAUGGGAGCCAAGCGUGCAGAGGGUGCCCUGUUGGACUCGCCUCUCUUGUCCGAGGCCAAUGCUGAGAGGAUAGUGAACACCUUGUGCAAAGUCAGAGGGGCAGCCCUCAAAAUAGGACAGAUGCUCAGUAUACAAGAUAACUCCUUCAUAAACCCCCAGCUACAGAAGAUCUUUGAGCGGGUCCGACAGAGCGCGGACUUCAUGCCCGCCUGGCAGAUGAAUAAAGUUCUGGAGGAGGAGCUAGGUGCGGGCUGGAGGAAGCAGCUGUUGUCGUUUGAGGACAAGCCUUUCGCCGCCGCCUCAAUUGGCCAAGUGCAUCACGGGAUGCUGCAAGACRGCAGGGAGGUCGCCAUGAAGAUCCAGUACCCAGGAGUAGCUGAGAGCAUCCACAGUGACAUCAACAACCUGAUGUCUAUGCUGAAGAUAAGUAUUGUUCUACCAGAGGGCUUGUUUGCAGACAGUAGUCUAGAGGUCCUUCAAAGAGAGCUGGCGUGGGAGUGUGACUACAAGAGAGAGGCGGAGAGUGCCAAGCAUUUUAAGUCACUUUUGGCGGAUGACCCAUUUUUCCACGUGCCAUUUGUGGUGGACGAGCUCUCAGGAAGGAGGGUUCUGGCCAUGGAGCUGGUGUCAGGGGUACCGCUGGACAGCUGUGUAGAUCUGGAUCAGGAGACAAGGAACCAGAUCUGCUUCAACAUCCUACAGCUGUGUCUGAGAGAGCUCUUUGAGUUCCGCUUCAUGCAGACGGACCCCAACUGGGCCAACUUCUUUUACAACGCUGAGCAGAACAAGAUUAUUCUGUUGGAUUUCGGUGCGUGCCGGGAUUACCCUGAGGCCUUCACAGAUGAUUACAUACAGGUGGUGCACGCAGCCUCCAUCGGAGAUAGGGAGACUGUACUGGAGAAAUCCAAGGACCUUAAGUUCCUCACAGGGUUUGAGGCCAAGGCGUUCCAGGAUGCCCACGUGGAGGCGGUGAUGAUUCUGGGCGAGGCCUUCGCCAACUCUGACCCCUUUGAAUUUGGCACCCAGAGCACCACGCAGCGGAUCCAGAGCCUGAUCCCCGUCAUGCUGCGUCACCGCCUCACCCCGCCCCCGGAGGAGACCUACUCCCUGCACCGCAAGAUGGCCGGCUCCUUCCUCAUCUGUUCUAAGCUUGGCGCCAAAAUCGCCUGCAAGGACAUGUUCCUGGACAUCUACAACUCCUACCAACAGCGGCGGCUGGAGAAGGAGAAGGCUGCCCAAAUUCAGGCCUAGAUAGGGUCAAAGGUCAUUACUAGUGGUCACCCUUUCAGACUGCAUCCUAGUGGGCAGAACUGACUGUCCAACUCCCAUGGCUGUGGACUAUGUUUAUUUAAGAUAUUGUAACUGCACUACACGGGUGAUCCACAGACUCCCAGCACUUUGACUGUCAGUGACUUGAUGCCACUCCAAAACUCAGUGAGGUGGUCUGACAGUAAGGAGUGGGAGGCAGAGCGUCUGCUUGUAUAAAAGAACAGAAAGAAACUCUAUAGCAUUUGUGUGAUUUCACUUGAGAUUAGUGUUAAUAAUAAUAAUUGUAUAAAGGUAUGGUCCAACUUGAUGUACAUAUAAUUGAUUUGAGCUGUGUCUAUGUUAAGGGAAAAGGUAAUAGGUUUUGAGUGUUGGAUUGUGUUUUUGAUGUGCCCUGGUCCAAUGGUUUCCAUCGAACUGUCAUUUUUAAUGCUAAUGCCACAAACAUCGCAUUUGUUUCUGAAAAUGGCAGUGUUUAUCCUCAAAGCCAUUUUUACACUGAAAAGUGAAGUGAAGUGGAUGUUAUUGUACACACUACAAAGAUUGUUCUUUCAGAUAUUAUUGCAAUCUUCAACAGGUAUAAUUUUGGGCUGAAAAACACAAUGUGGGGAAUAUUUAAUGCCGUAAAAUAACUUAUUUCACUGACUUUUUUGGGUUGCAGUAUUAAGCCGUCUUGUGAAUGUAUUUCCACGGCAUGUUGAUGAGCAUUGUUCUACGGAUUUUAAAGGGCUGUUUGAUGGAAACCCUAAUGUCCUUAAACAGUAUGAUAAAAUAGUCCGGCUAGAUGACGGCGUCUGUAAAAAGCAUCCGCAUAAAUGUGUGCGUUGAUGUUCCAUGCACUUUGGGACCAUACUCCACCUCCAUAAGACAUAAUCAAUGAUUAUUCUGUGGGUUUCCAUCCUUGCAAUUAACAGUUGACUAAAAAGCAGACCUAUUGCCACGGGAUAGGUGUUUAAAUUGGGUUGAAUUCAGAACAAAACGGGCUGAAAUGUGUAGGAUAACCUCCUCUUCUCCAAUAAGAAACGCUAAUUUCGUUGCAAAACGUUUUGCUAUGGUUUGCACUAAUGAAUAUACGCCUGUAUUAGCAGGCGCCUGCUAGGAAUGAGGUCAUUUACCUGCUCAGUAGAUAACACAAAAACAUACCUUUGACAUGUUCACUCUGAUGAUUAAGAGAUGGGGCAGGGAAUGGAACAUCGACUAAAUGGCCCAUCUUUACUGUAUAAUCUGCUAAACUCUCUGAUGUACACAAUGUGAAGCACUGUAAGGUGCAUACAGAGAAGGCGGUUUACUGGUGUGAGCCCAACCUGUUGGAUUCCCUUCUUCACUCCCCGUGAGUCAUUUACUGUUCAUGUCUCUGGACUGAAAUAGAGGAGACCUUCCAGGGUCCACAUACAGAACAUCAUGAUGAUGAUAGAUCCUUCCAUUCUAAUGCUAUUUCCUCCACAAUAAUCUACUGGACAGUUAGCCAUUAUAUUUCGUAAUCUCUGGCCCAUCUACCUUGUACCAGACAUACAGUGACAAGAAAAAGUCUGAACCUUUUGGAAUUAUCUGGAUUUCUGCUUAAAUUGGUCAUACAAUUUUGAUCUGA